UUUCAGAGACCUCCAUGGCUUUGCUGCAGGGAGUCUCCUUCACGAGGUCUGCCCUUGAGGACUGAGAGAAUAUUCAAGGUACAUGAGCAGGAACCUCUUUGGAGUGUUCUCCUUUCCCAGAACUAAUUGAGGUAGAAGACAGACAUCCCUGUGGAGAAGAUACAGACUAACGUGGCUACUCCAAUGAGACUCUGUGGUGUGUGAGAGAUCUGCUCCAUUCAGCUGGUGUAAAUGACUGCCGCUGCCUCCCAGACCAAGAUAACCUGCUCAGUCAGCUGGAGCCCCCUGUGGACAGCUGUCUCUCUCAGCUGAUGGAAAACUGCUACUAACCACUGAAUGGAAGAGAGUGGAGCAACAACCACACUAGUAGCUGCUGCAGCAACAGCAAUAGCAGCAGCCUUCGAGGUCUCUAUUGUUCCUUGGUGUUAAACAGUUUUUCCUUUUCAGCUGACAUGCACAAUAGCUGGGAAGAGGUUUCCAUUCUGUUCUCUCUGUGAACAAAUUGUGAAGGGGAGAAAAUUACUCAAACAAGGGUUACCCUUUGUGCUGCACAUUUUGAUACUGAAGCUGCCUGCUGAAGGCAUGGGGGUGAGAGAGGGAGGCACAGCUUUAUUCGGUGACCCAGGAGCUUCUUCUGCUUCAAUCCGAUGUUUUGGAGUUCUUGUGGUUCUUCUAUUUGGAAUCUGGGAAGCUAAGACACAAAGUGAAUUUGAAACUUCAUCGGUAUAUUUAUGGAAGACUGGUCCAUGGGGCAGGUGUAUGGGAGAUGAAUGUGGUCCAGGUGGUAUCCAAACACGAGCAGUGUGGUGUGCUCAUGUGGAAGGAUGGACAACUCUUCCCACAAAUUGUAAACAGACAGAGAGGCCUGAGAACCAACAGAACUGUUUCAGGGUUUGUGACUGGCACAAAGAACUGUAUGACUGGCAGUUGGGCAGCUGGAAUCAGUGCCAGCCUGUUAUUUCAAGGAAUCUUGAAAAGCCAGUGGAAUGCAUCAAAGGGGAAGAAGGAAUCCAGCUGAGAGACGUAACCUGCGUCCAAAAAUCAAAUGGGGUUUCUGCUGAGGAUGUCAUCUGUGAGUAUUUUGAACCAAAACCACGCCUAGAACAGGCAUGCCUCAUCCCUUGCCGCCAGGACUGUAUUGUGGCAGAGUUCUCCCCCUGGUCAGAAUGCUCCAAGACAUGUGGCAAAGGGCUUCAACAUCGAACUCGUCACAUUGUUGCUCCACCUCAGUUUGGUGGUUCUGCUUGCCCUAACCUGACUGAAUUUCAGAUCUGUCAUUCUCCCCCAUGUACUACUGAAGAAAGCAUGUAUAGCCUGAAUGUGGGACCCUGGAGUACAUGUUCCAUGCCCCACUCAAGACAUAUAAGGCAAGCAAGGAAACGAGGGAAGAAUAAAGAAAAGGAGAAAGACCGAGAAAAAGGGGUACGGGAUCCUGAAGCUCGGGAACUUAUUAAGAAAAAGAGGAAUCGAAAUAGACAGAGCAGACAAGAGAACAAGUAUUGGGAUAUACAGAUUGGAUAUCAGACCCGACAGGUUACAUGUACUCACAGAAAUGGGAAAACUGCUGCCUUGAGCUUUUGCCAACAAGACAAGUUGCCAAUUACCUUCCAGUCCUGUGUGAUCAUUAAGGAGUGCCAGGUGUCAGAGUGGUCUGAGUGGAGCUCAUGUUCGAAAACAUGUUUUGAUAUGUCAUCCCCUAAAGGAAAUCGUACAAGAACACGGACCAUUAAGCAGUUUCCUAUUGGCAGUGAAAGUGAAUGCCCAGAACUAGAAGAAACAGAGCAAUGUAGCUCUCAAGGAGAUGGUGUGGCACCAUGUAUUACGUAUGGCUGGAGAACCACAGAGUGGACAGAAUGUCGUGUUGACCCUUUACUUAGUCAGCAGGACAAAAGACGAGGGAAUCAGACAGCUCUGUGUGGAGGUGGAAUUCAAACACGUGAGGUGUACUGUGUGCAUGCUAAUGAAAAUCUCCUCUCCUAUUUAAAUACCCUCAAGGAAAAAGAAGAAAGUCAGUCACAGAGCAAGUCGAAGUCUAGUGCUGCACCACUUCUAUCAAUCACUUUUGAAAUAACAGCUUCCAAGCCUGUGAGUCGGCAACUGUGCACAGGACCUAUACCCAGCACCACCCAAUUGUGCCAUAUACCUUGUCCAACAGAAUGCGAAGUGUCAGCUUGGACAGCUUGGGGACCAUGCACCUAUGAAAGCUGUGAUGACCAGCAAGCCAAAAAAGGUUUUAAAUUAAGGAAGCGGUCCAUCACUAAUGAACCUACAGGAGGUACUGGAGGGACAGGAAAUUGCCCUCAUCUUCUUGAAGCUAUCCCAUGUGAGGAGCCCUCUUGCUAUGACUGGCGAAUAGUGAAACUAGAAGAGUGCAUACCAGACAAUGAGAAGCAAUGUGGACCUGGCACUCAAGUUCCAGAGGUGGUCUGUAUCAACAGCGAUGGAGAAGAGGUUGACAGACAGCUGUGUAGAGAUGCUAUCUAUCCAAUUCCCAUUGUCUGUGAAGUUCCAUGCCCAAAGGAUUGUGUGCUCAGCAUGUGGUCUGGAUGGUCCUCCUGCUCUCACACCUGCUCAGGCAAAACCACAGAAGGAAAACAGAUGCGAUCCCGCUCUAUUCUGGCAUAUGCAGGUGAAGGAGGUGUCCAGUGCCCAAACAGUAGUGCACUUCUGGAAGCACGCAGCUGUAAUGAACACCCUUGCACUGUGUACCACUGGCAGACUGGGCCCUGGGGCCAGUGUAUAGAGGAUGUCUCUGUGUCCACUUUCAACUCAUCUACCAAUUGGAAUGGGGAGGCCACAUGUGCUGUUGGCAUGCAAACAAGAAAAGUCAUCUGUGUAAGGGUCAACGUGGGACAAGUGGGACCAAAAAAAUGUCCUGAAAGUCUUCGACCAGAAACAGUGAGACCUUGUUUGCUUCCUUGUAGGAAAGACUGUAUUGUGACACCAUACAGUGACUGGACAUUGUGUUCUUCCUCAUGUCAAGAAGGGGAUAUCACAGUAAAGAAGCAGUCUCGCCAUCGAGUCAUCAUCCAACUCCCUGCAAAUGGUGGCCGUGACUGCCCCGACACCUUAUAUGAGGAAAAGGAAUGUGAAGCUUCUCCUGUAUGCUAUACUUACAGGUGGAAGACGCACAAAUGGCGCAGAUGCCAGCUGGUACCAUGGUAUGUUCGCCAGGACAGUCCAGGUGCCCAGGAGACAUGUGGGCCUGGACUACAAGCAAGAGCAAUUACUUGUCGCAGACAAGAUGGAGGACCGUCUGACAUCAGUGAGUGCCUAAAAUAUGCAGGCCCUUUACCACCUUUAACACAGGCCUGCCAGAUUCCUUGCCAAGAUGACUGUCAGUUCACAAGCUGGUCAAAGUUUUCUUCCUGCAAUGGGGACUGUGGAGCAGUCAGGACAAGAAAACGCUCUCUUGUUGGGAAAAGUAAGAAGAGGGACAAAUGCAAAAAUUCCCAGUUGUAUCCUUUGAUUGAGACUCAGUUUUGUCCUUGUGACAAGUACAACGCUCAACCUGUCGGGAACUGGUCAGACUGCAUUUUGCCAGAGGGCAAAGUGGAAGUAUUACUGGGAAUGAAAGUACAAGGUGAUAUCAAGGAAUGUGGGCAAGGCUAUCGUUACCAGGCCAUGGCAUGCUAUGAUCAAAAUAGUCGGCUUGUGGAAACAUCGCGAUGCAACAGUCAUGGUUACAUUGAGGAAGCCUGCAUUAUUCCAUGCCCCUCAGACUGCAAGCUCAGUGAAUGGUCCAACUGGUCUCGCUGUAGUAAAUCCUGUGGUAGCGGAGUAAAGGUUAGGUCUAAAUGGCUCCGUGAAAAGCCCUACAAUGGUGGAAGACCCUGCCCGAAGCUGGAUCAUGUCAAUCAGGCUCAGGUAUAUGAGGUGGUACCAUGCCACAGUGACUGCAACCAGUAUAUAUGGAUUACAGAGCCCUGGAGUGUCUGCAAAGUGACCAAUGUUGACUUAAAGGAGAACUGUGGAGAAGGUGUGCAAACCAGGAAAGUGAGAUGCAUGCAAAACACAGUGGAUGGUCCUUCUGACACUGUUGAAGACUACCUGUGUGACCCUGAAGAGAUGCCUCUUGGUGCUAGGAGAUGCAUAUUACCAUGCCCUGAAGACUGUGUUAUGUCUGAAUGGGGCCAAUGGUCUAGAUGUUUUUUGCCCUGUAAUGGAAGUAAUGUGCGUGAAAGGUCAACGGAGCUCCUAAGACAACCCGAUGAAGGAAAGGCUUGCCCUGCCUCCACUGAGACAGAACCUUGCAGUCUGAACAAAAACUGUUACCACUAUGAUUACAAUGUGACAGACUGGAGUACGUGUCAGCUCAGUGAGAAGGCUGUCUGUGGUAAUGGCAUCAAAACAAGAAUGCUAGAUUGUGUUCGGAGUGAUGGCAAAUCAGUUGACCUGCGGUAUUGUGAAGAGCUUAGUUUGGAAAAAACAUGGCAAAUGAACACCUCCUGUGUGGUGGAAUGUCCUGUGAACUGUCAGCUUUCUGACUGGUCUUCGUGGUCUGAGUGUUCUCAAACAUGUGGCCUUACAGGAAAGAUGAUACGAAGGAGGACAGUAAAUCAGCCUUUCCAAGGUGAUGGGAGACCUUGUCCAUCUCAGAUAGAGCAAUUCAAACCCUGCCCAGUAAAACCUUGUUAUCGAUGGCAGUAUGGCCAUUGGGCUGAAUGCAAAGUUGAGGAUGCACAGUGUGGAGAGGGGACAAGAGUCAGGAACAUUUCAUGUGUGGUCUAUGAUGGAUCCAAUGAAGAUGUUGGCAAAAUAGUAGAUGAUGAAUUCUGUGGAGAAAUUGAGCCUACUGUUGAUAACAAUAAGAAAAUGGUACUUGAGGAAACCUGCACACUACCCUGUCCAGGUGAUUGUUACUUGAAAGAGUGGUCAGAAUGGAGCCUUUGUCAGCUGACCUGCGUAAAUGGAGAAGAUCUUGGCUUUGGAGGGAUACAGGUCAGAUCCCGGGCAGUGAUCAUUCAGGAAUUAGAAAACCAACACCUGUGUCCGGAACAGGCUUUGGAAACAAGAUCAUGUAAUGAUGGCCAGUGUCAUGAAUACAAGUGGAUGGCUAGCCCAUGGAAGGGAUCUUCUCGGACAGUAUGGUGCCAAAGAACAGAUGGCUUAAAUGUUACAGGGGGCUGUGUAGUGAUGCGUCAACCAGAUGCUGACAGGUCAUGUAACCCACCAUGCAAUCAACCCCAUUCUUACUGUAGUGAGACUAGAACGUGUGGCUGUGAAGAAGGAUACACUGAAGUAAUGUCCUCUGAUGGCACACUCGAGGAGUGCACGCUCAUCCCCGUGGUAGUGAUCCCCACCACAGAGGACAAAAAAGGAGAUGUGAAAACCAGUCGAGCUGUGAAUCCCACCCAGCCAUCCAGUAACCAGUCAGGACGAGGAAGGACCUGGUUUCUGCAGCCUUUCGGGCCAGAUGGGAGGCUGAAGACCUGGGUUUAUGGUGUAGCUGCUGGCGCAUUUGUUUUACUCAUCUUUAUUGUUUCUAUGAUCUAUCUAGCCUGCAAAAAGCCAAAGAAACCCCAGAGAAGGCAGAACAAUCGACUGAAACCUUUAACGCUGGCUUAUGAUGGAGAUGCAGAUAUGUAAAAUAUAACUUUCCAUUGCAACUGGAUUCUACAUUACUGUUUUGAAAUCAGAGAGUGUCCAGAGGCACAAGGGCAUGCUACGGAGUGGAUUUUAGACAUCGUUUGUUUUUUUAAGAACCGUGCUGUAAAACAAAGAACAAUAGUUUUCAUAAUGGCCAUGGAUAUUCAAGGCAUUGCUUUAUUCUAAACCACGAGCACAGAGAAUUCUGGCCAACUGGAAAUAUGUUUGUUUUUUUUUUCUUUUUUGAAACUGUCAAUCACUUCAGUCUCCAAACCACUGUGGCUGAGUUAGUAUUCAGUUGAGAGCCCUGAUGUCAGACUUACCUGCACCAUUAACCAAGUAUAGUCAGUGAGCAUGAAGAGUUUGUAUCCAGCUAUCCAUAACUCUUUAUAGUCAAGCAUAACUUAUAUACUCAGUUGACGCAUAUGUAUUAUUCUGUCCAAUAAUAUACUUGUUAAAGAACAUUUUAGUGCUUAAUAAGAUGUUAACUGAGAAGAUUGAACAAAUUCAGCAUCUUGGCAAUUUGAUGGUAGCUUGUGUUAAUCUGCAUUUCAGAGGGCAAAGACUCUCUUGCCAGACUCUGUUCUAUUAUCACUCCAAAGUGUCAUAUGCACAAGUAUCUAGGAAGGAAACACAUCCUCAGAUUCAGUAUUUUAUAGUGGUUACUGCCUGGAAAAAAUGAAUACCUGGUGUAAAUGUUACAAUAUGUUUCUACUUUCUCUAACUCUCAAACUGUUGCCUGCAUCUUUUUUUGCUACAUGUAAGGCAAAUUUUUGCACUAUAUUAGUGCAGCAUGAUAUGCACUUAACUAGUAUUGCCAUAGAAACUGCCUCUUUUCAAAAGGAUGAUGAUGCAUCUUGUGCCAGGAGUGUCGCAUAGGCAUUUAUGUUCUUGAAUCCUGAAGAGAGUAGAGUUCAGUUUGGACUGUGACUGGAUGGAAUCAGCUAAUACAUAUACUGUAUACACUGUUUCUCCUCACCACAGCCAUUUUGUAGUCUACAUCAUGGCAGUAAUAUAAGUGUCUAGUUUCUUGUCCCAUCUACUUAUACAAAUGUAGAUUCUCCGGUUGGUUUCUAAUUGUACUUUGAAGGCUGUUUAUGACUAGAUUUUUUAUAUUUGUUAACUUUGUUAAAAAAAAAGAAAAGUGGUUGCCCUCUCUCAUCUUGAGUGAAAUAUUCUGAUUAUUUGUUCAGCUAGGAAAAGAAAAGUUGCUUAUUUUCCUCUCCCUAAUCAAAUAAUUGCCAAUGUAGCUGCCAGUGCAAAACUUGCCCUUGUUCUCUUUAAUUAGGGGCACUGGCUGUAAUCUUCCAUUAUUCAGUAUUAUAUUCAUUAAAAGUACUGGUUAAUGAAAGCUAUCAAAAUAUUUUCCUCACUAAACAGAGUAUGUGUACACUACGGGUCAAGAUCGAAUUAAGCUGUGCAACUUCAGCUAUGUUAAUUAGGUAGCUGAAAUCAAAAUACCUUAACUUGACUUUUGGUACUGUCCACACUGCAGGAAGUCGAAGGGAGAACAGUCUCCCUUCGACUUCCCUUACUCAUGGAAGCAGGACUAUUGGCAUCGACAGGAGAAACUUCGAAUUAGCUGUCUUAACUAGACCCACUAAUGCAAACUCUGAAAGAUGGACAACAGCAGCUUUGAUCGUUCUCUAUAGUGUAGACACACCCUCUGAUAACUGUGGCAGUAUAGCAGCUCAUUGCCACUAAUUUCUUUGCAUCUUAAUCUUUUCUAGCCCAAUAGAUUGUUAUGCUUCCAAAAUGAAGCCUGUUGUAUUGCCAGUGUAUCGACACAUGUGUCACAGACAGGAUUCAUGACCUGAGGCUUUUAAGUGUAACCUAAACGGAAACCAAGCAAUACAAUGACAAGACCUUAUCACAACACCUUUCAAAACAAACGUUGUGUAAAGUUAGGUAUUGGUUUCUCAGGACUUUAAUACUCUCAGCCAUUCCUGAGCAUCACUACCACCAUUCACCAGUUUUUUGUACAGCCAAUAAAACUAUAUAUAUACUUUACCAACUUUGGGCUGGCUUGUGUGUCUACUGAAAUCAGUGGGUGGCAUAAGUGCUUAUUCAAUGUUCAGUUGUCAUUGAAAUCUGUGUGUUUUGUUCAAAAAUCAAAAGUAGAAUAUGGUAAUACCACUGUUUUGAUAUUACACUAUGAUCUUCUCCUAAUGCAUAGGUAACAAGACCAGUUGAGUGUAUGUCAAUUUCUAGUAGUCAUUUGUGCAGAUUCACUAUCACACCCCAAUCCUGCAAUUUGACAGUAGAUAGUGAAAACUGCCUCACCACAGAACUCAGUAUGACUCCUUGCUGCUGCAGCAGUUCACUUACAUACAAGUUUCAGGAUUGAGGCCUUAAUCUUACAUAAUUACAUACAGCCCUAGAGUGAAAAAAAAAAACACUUGUAUGUACAAAGUUAAGUUCCUUGAAGUGUUUGAGUGAGAAACAAUAAAAAGUUAGUUCCUACUUUAUCAGACAUGCACAAAAAAUGGACUGUGGGAAAGUUAUCAAAUUGCACAAAAAAAUUUAAAACUUCAAAAAUAAGAUGUGGAAACUUGGUCAUGGAUUAAUUACCUUUGAAAACCCAUUUCUGCAUAUUGAAUUGUUUUAGGCUAACAUGGGAGGGAUAGCUCAGUGGUUUGAGCAUUGGCCUGUUAAACCCAAGGUUAUGAGUUCAAUCCUUGUGGAGGCCAUUUAGGGAUUUUGGGGCAAAAAUUUGUCAGGGAUGGUACUUGGUCCUGCUGUGAUGGCAGGGGACUGGACUUGAUGACCUUUCAAGGUCCCGUACAGUUCUAGGAGAUAGAUAAAUUAAUGGAGAUUGCCUCUCUCCAUGGGGAUAAGUAAGGAAUGUCUUUUAAUUGUCAGCAAUUUACCAUUAUUAAUUAAUUAAGGGGUUAAUCUUUUAGUAGGAGGCGCCACUGUAACACUCUCCAUGAAGGCUGUUUGACCUGGACACACAAAAUUUCACAAUUGAUUUCCAAUUAAAGUUUAUCAUCUGUUUCUCCUUAACCAAAACUACUAUUGAUAAAAACAAAGAAUAGGUGUUUGGCUUUUACAAUCCAUAAAGUACAGAUCUACAAUUAUAUUAAAUUUUGUAAAUCUGGAGCCAGAAUAGCCUGUUCCUUAGAAAAAAAAGGCAACCUUUAAAAAUAGUUUAGGAUAUGGGGAGAGUUUAAGUCUAUAACUCUAAAAGAUAUAAAAAGGUGGCCAAGCCCUAUUAUUCUGAAACAGUAAAAAAAAAAAAAUAAGUAUUGUAUACAAUGAAGACUAAUUUGCUUUAAUAACCAGAGUGCUUCUACAAAUCCAGUGCCUAAAGCAGCCACUACUGUAGAUUGUUAGUUUGUGAAAGUAAUGUUUCAGUGAUCAAGUAAUGUUUCCAAUGAUCUAAAUUUAUUUAGCAAAUAGCUAUGUAGACAUUGUUGGUGUGGUGGUUCGUAAUUUACUUUAAAAGUCUGUAAUUUCUAGAUUACUGUGUCUGCUUUGAGUCCUGGAGCUGUUUCUUUUAAAAGCUUUGCUGAUACUGCACAAGCUUUUUUUUUUUUUAAUACUUACUACAAUGCACCCAUUUUAAAAUUCCCUUUCUGCACCAAAGUGUAAUAAAGUCUAAUUUUCAAUAUAGUAAUCUGAAAAGACCCACUUAAAUCUCAGUAUAAAUCACUGUAAAAUAUAACUUGGAUGAAACUGAAAUCUUCUUUUACUUUUAUCGUUCUCGCGCAAGUUAAGAGUUUAUUUUGCCUAACUUAAUUUACUUGAAUAUUUAUUUUGUAGAAUAAGGAGGCAGCUGUCUGAGGAAUGUUUACUUUUUUGGGUUAAUAUUAAUUUGUAAAUUGUGUAAUGCAUUUUUAUUUUUUAAAUUAUGUAUAUUCUUUUUUAAUGCACAAAAUGUUUACGUACAACUACUGCAAAUUUGUGUAUAUUGUCACUAAGCUUUAUUCAGUUAAUAUAGAUGGCAUGUGAAAAUGUAACAAGUCUUACAUUUUCAUAUGGGUUAUUUUUACAUAACUGAUGUAUUGCUGACAAUAAAUAUAAACACAAUAA